AUGUGCGAUACGGCGGCAGAGGAUGACCCUAAAGUGGCAGAGGGGGCUGGUUUGGUGUCAGACGGCCAGACGUCUCCCUCCGUCAGAUCUCCAGAGACUGCUGAACUGACCCAAACUGGGGACGGUCUCCCAGGGGCCACCCUGACCUCCUACAGCCCACUGAGGGCACUGCAUCGGCCCUGGUGCUUGGUUCUGGUGCUCAUCCUGCUGGUUCUCUCUCUCCUUUUCAGCUGGGCGGUGGUACACCUCAGCUUGGGGGCCCGGAGCAAACCCUUCAGGAUUUCUUCCAGCUACAACCAGCCCGGCGACAUGGAGACAGCGACCUAUGACCCCCGCUUCACCACCAACUGCACCAUACGAACCUCUCAAAACGUCACUCUCCGGGGCCGCUAUCACUGCAGAGGGGGCCAGGAGAUCAAUGUGAGCCAGCUGUGUGACUUCAACCCUGACUGUCCACAAGGGGACGAUGAGGGGGAACAUUGCCGUCAAUUCCUCAAUGGCAGCUAUUGCUCAUUUGGAAGAGAGGAUUGCGGCUGGCAGCUGGUUCCAGGAAGGGGCCCACAAUGGAGGGCCCAUCCGUCCAUUCCCCAAAGCCUCAGAAGCAGCUGUCCAUCCCCAGGGGCCUUGUUGGCCAUCGACAGUCAGCCCAAAGGUCAGCGAGGAUCAGCCCAGGUGCGAAGCCCGCUUUUCUUCUACCCCCUACGGAACGCCCCUUGCAUGGUCAAGUUCUGGGUGUGUGGAUCUUCAAACGGAAUGCUAUCGCUCUGGAUUAUAGAGAACAGCACAGGUCCUGAGGGUCAGAGGAGUCUCUGGAACUCAACAAGUGAAACUAAUAUGGGGAAAGGGUGGAAACUCAUUACCCUACCACUCUUCGGUUUGGUGGAUCUGAGUAUUGUUGGACCACACCAAUUUAUUAUGUCUUUUCUCUCAUCUUCAGCCAAUGGAGAAUUUCCUCCGGUGGCUCCCACAAGCCCCACACAAGUGCUGUUCACACCAAGCAAUGAGAACAUCAAGACCACGACAGCACUCGAUGGAGAGCCUGGAGCGUCUACAGAAUCUGUCAAGUGGAUAUUCCACACCUGCGGAGCAACAGGACAAGACGGUCCAACGCCGACUCAGUGCAGUAACUCAUACCGCAACACCAAUGUCAAUGUCACUGUAGGCACUAAGGGACCAUUCAAGGGCAUCCAGAUGUGGCGGGUCCCAGAGACAAGGAAAUACAGGAUCACGGCGUAUGGAGCAGCUGGUGGACGCAGUGUCCAGGCUGUCCACAAGUCACAUGGGGUGUACAUGACCGGAGACUUCCUGUUACAGAAGGAUGAACUGCUGUAUAUUCUAGUGGGACAGGAAGGAGAGGAUGCUUGCCCAAAUAUGGUGCCUACUAUGGACCGGAUCUGCAGGGAACAGCAAGGACCAUCAAUCAACAAGACCCAGCUUAAGGGAGGAGGUGGUGGAGGAGGAGGAGGCACCUACGUCUUCAAGGUGGUAAAUGGAGUCCACAUUCCACUAUUCAUUGCUGCUGGAGGUGGAGGCCGUGGCUACAGCAGCCAAUCAGAAACCCUAGAGGAAGUGAUGGACAGGGAUCCCAGCAUUCCCGGACGUAAUGGAAAAUCAGGCGCUGCAGGCGGUGGUGGAGGCUGGAAUGACACUGCCCCUGUUCCUCAAGGGGGUAGACCAAUCAUUCUGGGAGGUCAGGGUGGAGAACCCUGUCAAGUCAUGGGCUGGAAAACUCGAGGAGGUUUUGGAGGCGGUGGAGGGGCCUGCACAGCUGGUGGAGGAGGUGGAGGAUACAGAGGGGGCAGUGCCUGGCACGAUAAUGAUCCCAGAAAGGAUGGAGAUGAUGGAACAUCGUUCAUAAGUCCUGAUGGUGAAAUGUACCUGGAGCCACUCAAAGGCAUGGAAGGUGACGGUGAAGUUAUUAUCAACCCAGUUCAGAACUGCAGUCACUGUGAGUCAGGAGAUUGCCACGAGACCUCUGAGGGCACGGUGUGCUACUGUGAUGAAGAGCUCUCGCUGGCCCCAGACGGAGUGUCCUGCAUCAACUCUACCGCGGUGUCUAUGUUGCCCGCCCAGCCGUCUUUGUCUCAUCUGGCACUGGGUCUGUCUGUGGGGACCUCCGCACUCAUCGCUGCCUUGCUGUUGGCCGUUUCUGGUGUUAUGAUCAUGUACAGACGUAAACGCACCGAGCUCCAGUCUAUCCAACUUGAGCUACAGAGUCCCGACUGUAAGCUGAGCAAACUGAGAGCCUCUACCAUCAUGACCGACUACAAUCCCAACUACUGCUUUGGUGGGAAUACCGCCUCCAUCAACGAUCUGAAGGAGGUGCCACGGCGUAACAUCUCCCUCGCCAGAGGUUUGGGUCAUGGCGCAUUUGGAGAAGUCUAUGAAGGACUAGCCGUUGGGAUUCCAGGGGAGCCCAGUCCGAUGCAGGUGGCUGUAAAGGAUGAACUAGACUUUCUCAUGGAAGCUCUCAUAAUCAGCAAGUUUAGUCACCAAAACAUUGUGCGGUGUAUCGGGGUGAGUCUGCAAGCGCUGCCUCGCUUCAUUCUGCUGGAACUGAUGGCCGGAGGGGAUCUCAAGAGCUUCCUGAGGGAAACUAGACCAAGACUAGAGCAUCCUUCAAGUCUAACCAUGGUAGAUCUUCUCAACAUUGCCAGAGACAUCGCCCGCGGCUGCCAGUACUUAGAAGAGAACCAGUUCAUCCACAGGGAUAUUGCGGCCAGGAAUUGUCUUCUGACCUGCAAAGGUCCGGGGAGGGUGGCCAAGAUUGGUGAUUUUGGCAUGGCCAGAGACAUCUACAGAGCCAGCUAUUACAGGAAAGGAGGCCGUGCUAUGCUGCCAGUCAAAUGGAUGCCUCCCGAGGCCUUUAUGGAGGGAAUCUUUACCUCAAAAACAGAUACAUGGUCAUUUGGUGUUCUGCUGUGGGAGAUCUUCUCACUGGGCUAUAUGCCAUACCCCAGCCGCAGUAACCAAGAGGUGUUGGAGUUUGUUACUAAUGGAGGCCGGAUGGACCCACCUAAAAACUGCCCCGGGCCAGUGUACCGGAUAAUGACACAGAGUUGGCAGCAUCAACCAGAAGACAGACCAAACUUCUCAACUAUUCUGGAGAGGAUUGACUAUUGUCUGCAGGACCCAGAUGUGGUGAAUGUGCCUUUGCCUGUCGAGUACGGCCCCAUCCCUGAGGAAGAGGAGAGGGUACCCAUGCGUCCCGAUGACCCAUCAGCCCCCUCCUUGCUUGUAACCCCUCAGGGCACCGAGGAUGCUUCAUCUGCCGCCCAUUCCGAUCAGCCUAAGAGAGAUGGGGAGGCCGUUCUCAUGGCCAGCCACCCCUCUGAGAGCAAACUCCCACCCGCUCCCCAAUCUCAGCCUCACCCCCAUCACCACCACCAACCACCGGUAGUCACUGCCCCUAUACCAGCUACCAAACCUUCCUCUGCAACUCCCUUGACCACCCAAGAUGGCGGGCAUGUGAAUUUGGGCUUCAUGCAGGCCCACCUAUCGGAGAAGGAGAGCCGUAACGGGAAGCCCACCAACCUGUGGAACCCCACCUAUGGCUCGUGGUUUCUACAGCAGCAACAGAAGAGACAGCAGGCCCAGGCACAAAGUCAGACAAGCGGCCCACGGAUCCCAGGUGAAGGGCAGGAACAAGCAGGCCGGACUGUGACAGUAGCUGAAGCUCUGGGCCUGCAGCAACAGCACAAACAGCAGCAGUACCAACAGCAGCUCCAGCGCCAACAGCAGCAGCAGCAGCAACAACAAGGCCUGUGUCGACCGCUUUUGCCCCCUCCUCCCCCACCUGUCCCGACCCCUUUACUUCUGGAUUCGGCCAGCCUAGCACCGGUUCCACUCUACAGACUACGGCGCUUCCCAUGUGGGAACAUCGGGUAUGGCUACCAGGAGCAGGGCCUGCCCAUGGAGCCCAUGCCGGGGCCCCAGCCUCCCCCGACUCAUCCUGGCCAGCAGAGGCCCAUCUCUUUAGCUCGGGCCAGCGGCCCUGAGGACAGCCGCCCGCUUUUGGUCACCAUGGGUACAGUGCAGGACUCCAGACUGCCGAAAAUGGAAGGGCACAACGCCACUGUGCUGUAACCGUGCACGUUCUCUAUCAGUGCCCACUUUGCAAAACACUGUGCUGUCCAUUUACGUCCACCUUUGCCAAGCCCUUUUGUGCUUUAUCUUUGUGCUUUUCAGCCAUGAGACUGGGACCGGAAAGGUUCUGCUCUGGAAACUCAGAGAAACUACGUUUCACUGAAAGAGAACAAUUGUCACUCGGAUAAAGUAACAAGACUGUUGAGUUUCUGAAAGCCGCAAUUGAGAGACAAAAAUAAACUGAUUAAGCCCUCACAAGGACUAAUUCUGUAAAAAAGCCUAAAUUAUAUCAGUGAUAUUUUUCCAUAAUGGGGGAGAAAAAAAUAAAACGGGUUUGUUGAUGUUUGCUUGCCUGCUUGUUUAUUUAUUCAUUUGUUAAUUUAUUAUUUGGAGGUCAUGUAA